ACACCGAGGAGGGUCCGCGGGCGUUUCUGCUGUGCGCUCCUGGUGGUCCUUAGCAGGCUUUAGGGGGCUUGGGCCGUUGGUUGCCAAGGGCCCCUGAGUCGGAGUGUGAGUCAGCUGGUAGCAGUUAAAAAGAGUAAAGGGAGACGUGCAGUAUUGAAGGCUACGCUAGCCUGCUGUCCACAAAACUGGGUGAGGACAUGGGAAGAAAGACGAAAAGGAAACUGACAUGCCAGUGUGUACCAUGUGCCAAGAGCUGUACUGACACUUCCAAAUCUAAUCUCCAUAAAACUCUGAGGAGGCUGCACGGUUCUCAAUUAAUUCUCACCUUAUGGUAGAGGAGACUGGGAUUCUAAGAAACUGUGUAACUUUUCCUACCUUGGUUGAAGAACAGAGUCUGCCAAACAAGAGGAACAAGAAGAAAACUGGACGUUGGAAAUGGAACAGAUUGGCAUACUCAUGCUGUUGAAUGGUAUAACUAAUAUGACCUCCAUAUGACAUGAAGGCAGCUCUGUCUUUCUUCUUCAUUCUUGUACCAUCUCUAUGUGGAUCUCAAGAUACGUUCUUUUUAGCUUCCUUUAGUCAUAUUAUUAUGAGUGAGCAAAUAGUCAUUGGAAGACUUGAUGAAGAUGUAAUUCUCCCUUGCUCAUUUGAGAGUGGGCCCGAUGUUGUAGUUCACUGGAAGAAUCAAGAUAAUUAUGUUUACUGAUACUACAAAGACAGUGACCAGUUGGAAAAGCAAGAUCCCAGUUAUGUAAAUAGGACAUCCCUCUUCCAUGGUGAAAUACACAAUGGGAAUGCCUCCCUAUCUUUCAAAAGAUUAAAGCUUCAGGAUGAAGGAACUUACAUAUGCUAUGUGGGAACAUCACAUGGAAAAAUCAUAAACAAAGUGAUACUAAAAGUGGGAGCUUUUGUCACACCUGUGAUGAAGUAUGAAAAGAACACCACAGACAGCUUCUUAAUAUGCAAUGUGUUAAGUGUUUAUCCUUAUCCAAUUAUCACAUGGAAAGUGGAUAAUACACCAAUCUCUGAAAACAAUAAGGAAGAAAUCGGAUCUUUGGGUCCUUUUUAUAUUAACAGUAGAGUAAAUAUUACAGGAUCAAAUUCAUCUUAUCAAUGUGCUAUUGAAAACACAUUGCUGAAGCAAACAUGGACAGGGAGAUGGACAAUGAAAGAUGGACUUCGUAAAAUGCAAAAUGAAAACGUUUCACUCUCGUGUAAACCUGAAAACGGUUUUAUCCUACCAAAUCAAGAUUUCACAGUCACUUGGUCCAGAGUGGACAGUGGGAAUUCUUUGGUCCUGGCUUACUUUCUGAACUCCUCACAAGAAACAAUUAUCAAUGAACCCCUACUUUCAUGGAACAAAGAGCUGAUAAACCUGCAUGACUUCUCUUUGACUUUGAAGGAUCUUCAUCUUUCAGACAGUGGGGAAUACCUGUGCAAUAUUUCUUCAAGCAAGUAUACUUUACUCACCAUCCAAACACUGCAUGUAGAAGCAAGUCAAGGAACAGUUGUCGUAAUAAUUGUUUCAACAUUGGUGGCAGUCAUGGUGGCAGUUUUGUUGCUUUCAGGGGUAACUCAAGCUGUUAAAUCAAGAAGAUGCAUCUGUUUCUGCACAGAAGGGCAUCCAUCUACUGAUCAGAGAUCUAGCCAUGCCGGUACUGCAGAAGAAAACAUGGCUCUUUCAGAAUAUUCAUUCAGUAAAGGAAGUGAAGACAAGAGUUGACAGCACAGCACAAACAUCCUUAAUAUCCAGUGAUCUCACCUCCCCUUUCUUCACUGCGAUUCCAGCAAUGGCUUGUUAUGACCUGGCAAUUCUACCACUGCAAAGACUUGUGAUACUGGAAACAGAAUAAUUACGUUCUUUCUCACGACCUAAGAAUCAUUCAUUGACCCCCUACAUGCAUCAAGAUUAUAAAUGCCUGGAUGCCAAGGGUUCCAGUUCAGCGUGGAAAAGAACUAUCCCAUUCAUUUACA